UUCGCAACAACAAAACAUAACAAACCGCAGUCGCGAAUCGGUUCGAAAUCGAAAUCGGAAUUCAAAUCAAAAAAUAACGAACACAACUCGAGUUCAAUUAAUUAAACAAUAACAAUGAAAUAUAAACCAAAAAAAUAAUCCAUUAAAACCAUUUAAUAAACGUGAAUUAUGUUAAUAACUUGCAUUUGAAUAAAAGAAAUCAUACAAAAAAUAAUAAUUUUUAGUGUUUGUGUGCGUUGGAGCUUAACACCUUGUUGGCCACCCUUGGAGUUUUUAUUCCAUUUGUUUUCUUGCGGUCGAAAUGUCGGAGAAAAACGUUUUUGCCUGCGUUCAUUCGAGCCUUUUAAGCCGUUUAGGCAGGAUCUAAAGGAAUAGACGAAAAACGAACCCCUUUUUGGCUUAGCUGGCAGGACUUAAAGUAUGGGUUUCCGCUUGAAACAUUCGGGGGAUGGUCAAGUGAUUCAUAAAUAGGUGGAAAAGUUAUGGGCACAGUGAGCCCUAGCACAAGUGAACUUAAUUUCGCCACACCACACUACUCAGAAACUAACAAUAAUCAAAGACUGUUCAAUUGAUAUAUCAACUGACACAAAUUAAUAAAGUGCUUAAAUCAAUCGCAAUUGCAAAGUGUUCAAAAUUCUUAAGCCUAAUACCAAAAAAAAAAAAGUAUAACCGCAUAAUCGCAAAAAAAAAAACACUGAAAAAUUGGCCCCCAAAAUCGAUUCACCGAAAUCGCAUUCUAAAUGUUCGACUGGAUUGAAUUUAACAAAGAAGCGUAGACGAAAUACGAAUGCAAAUUAGAUGCAAAAUAAAUGGGUAAAAUGAGGUCAAGUAAAUACGAUGUUACCACAGCUUACGGUCUAUGCCAAGAUUAUUUACCUCCUGAUGGUGGUGAUUUCAGGUGCAUUAUGUACAGUAGAAGAUUACGUAAUAAUGUCACAGUGUGCACACAACAAAGCCAUACACCUAGCUGCGGAAGGAACAGUCUCAGUGACGGACACUUCACAGAUACAAAAUAUAACGAUAGUCGGCUUCCCGGAUUAUCUGAACAACGAAUUCAAAAUAGCACUGUACGCAAAAGAAACUCAAAGAUAUUUGUGUUUCAACGACAAUUGGAGAUUAGUUGGCAUGAGGGAACUGCGAGAUACCUGCUAUUUCAACGAGACCAUCGUGCACGGUUAUUUCGUGUUCCGUUCCGUUGUCGAUCUGCAGCGACGUGUCGGGUUCACGCACCGAGGUAAGCCUGUGGGGCCCAAGAAGAGCGUCAACGAUGCCUGCUACAUGUUCAAUAAGAUCGAGGCCGAGCAGUUUUUCCGCCAUCACCAUAAUAAUAAUGGCAAUAGUGGCAGCAACAACAACAAUGGCAGCAGCAACAUUCGGAAGCCCCCGCGCAACAACAAAAACAAUCGCCACAAAUCGAAUAACCAAAAUCAAAAGUUGCAACAGCAACAGGAGCAUCAUGGCCAUAAUAAUAAUAACGUUAUUCUUAAUAAUAGUAGUACUAGUUUAAGUAGCACUAACAAAAAGCAAUUAGCGAUAAACCGGCAGAAGCAGCAGCAACAGCAACAACAGCAGCAGCAGCAACAACAUCAGGUGCGACAUCAUCACAAUGAUCCAUCGCUGCUGCUGCGACGACAGCAACACGAGAAAAAGCAGAAGCGGCGCAAGCAACAGAAGCAACAGCAAAACCCACACCAACAGCAACAGCAACAACGAGUAUCAGCUAGUCCAACGAAACGAAUGCCUGCAGCAGAAACACCAGCGGCAACUAUUGCAACCACAUCUUCGACAGCAACAACAGCAACACAAUUGUCAACAGCAACAUUGAGCAGCAAACGCAAGGGACGGCGAAGAAAGGGCAAGGGCAAGCCAAAAUCACAGCAGCAACUGCUUGCCACAGCAGCAACAUCGCCGUACACCGACGACACCCUGUACAGCAGCAGCAGCAGCAGCAGCAGCAGCACGGGAUUUGAGGAUUCGGAUACCUACAAUAGCAGUAGCAGCAGCAGCAGCAGCUCCAGUUUGGAGCCCUGGUCCACUUGGUCCACGAUCGACAGCUUUAGCAGCAGCAGCAGCAGCACAACAGCAACAUCUGACGACAGUAUUAGCAGCAGCAGCAACUACGAUGCCUGGGCCACCUACAUCACCGAAAUGGAGGCCGAGGCAUCGGCCAUGACGCCCGAGAUGAGCGGCAACGACACCGAGUUGCUGCAAUACGAGGCCGAAUUGGUGGAUGAUUCGGAGACGGAGUCCACGUCAACAUAUGAAACCAAAGCAACAUCAGCAAUAGCGGCAACGGCGGCCACAACUACCUCGACAGCGGGCUCGCAGUUGGUGAUAGAGCAGACGCCGCUGGCCAGAAGCAACAUCAGAAACAGCAGCAACAUCGGCGGCAGCAGCAGCAGCAGCAGCACCAGCAGCACGAGGGCAACACCAACGGCAACCAGUCAGACUGAAAAAAUACAGAUCACGCAACAGCCAAGCAGGCAUCGCAGCAGCAGCCGGGAAAAUCCGCCGGAAAACACGGAUAGUUCGAAGAUGUUGCUGGAGGGCGAGAAUGAAGUGAAGCCUCAGCAGCCACGCAAGUUGCUCUGGACCCUGCAACCACCCACUGAAACACGCGACAGCACGCGAGCCACUGUGGUGACAACACCCAUGCAGCAACUAUCCAGCACGGCAGCAACAUCGGGGACGACUCCCCAGCAACAUGUUGCUCCCUCGCUCUUCAGCGUGGACAAGAACAUCAAUAGCAACCUGAACAACACGCUCACAGAGGCUUCGCCGACGGCAGCAGCAACAACCAGCGUUACGCCAGCAACAACAGUGAAGAGACCGGUGCGCAAGUUCACCCGCAAGUUGAUGGCCACGCCCUAUCACCAACUGACCUAUGUGCGAAAUGCGGGCGGAGACAUCGAUAUCGACAACCUGGACAACAUCAGUGUGUUUGCCGUAUACAAUGGCGAUCUGGAGGGGACUGGCAGCGGCAACAGCUCCGAUGUCGGCUUCAGCGGAUUCCUGCCCACCUCGACCACUUCCCAUCUGACGGAGCCGAUUCGCAUCGGGAUGAACAGGGUCAGGCCGAAUAGGACACUGCACUGGUUCACUCACCAGAGAUUUGCGUAGUAGUUAGGGACUAUCAGGCUUUGGCUAUUAAAUGUUUAGAAACAGGGCUUUCGCGGUUUUCACUUUCACAGAUUUCUCAAUUUAAAUUCCAUUUAAAUUUAAAAAUAAAUAAUAAAUUCUUAAAAAAAAGCUAUUAAAAAAUCUGCAAUCUAUAUAAAACUAUCUGGAAUUAUUGUCAAGAUAUCUUAAGUCUGAUUCUUAUAAACUUUACUUUAACUUUUAAAAAGGAUAUCUGUCUAUAUUAAAGAUUUAAUGUAUGCCAACUUGACCUUUUAAAGUUCCUUUAAUAACCAAAUUUUAAAGAAAUUACAACAAAAAAACUUAAGCUCAAAUUGUAUUUUAUACUUAACAAAAAAGUUCUUCUAAUAAUCUUAGAAGCAAUUCUUUAAAAGUGAAAACCGGAACUGGCCUGUUUAAAAGAAGCAAACCUAUACUCAGUACUCAGUUUUGAAAAGAAUUUAGGAAAAACCAAGUGAAGAGAAGAAAUUUAUGGAUAAAUAUUUGAAAUUUAUAAUGAACUGAUACAUAUAUAUAAACAUAUAUAGAACUCGAUAUACAAAGGAGUUGCUUACUGUUCAGUACCUCGACUCAGACAGGACUUUGCACUUGCACCACGCCUAAAAGCACACUACAGAAGCGAUACCGAUACCGAUACCGAUGGCGGAAAGCGGAAGCGGAAGUGGAAGGGAAUGUGGAAUGUGGAAGCGGAAGGUGGCGCAGAACCGAUAACGAAAACUCAGGCCGCACUUCAUCCAGUAGCGAGUACAGUGAAGACUCCACCAACUGCACUCGGGAGGCCGCAGGCAACGAACUCGCAGAACUGCUACAUAGUUAUAAAUGAAAAGACAAUAAGAUUUUUAUUUACGAGUAUGUGCUAUAUAAACUAACUUAACGAUGAACCGAAGCGAUAGCGAUAAUCGAUAACAAAAUGCUAAAAUUGUUGAAAUGGAAAUUAUGAAAGCGCGACAUUCAAGUGCAAGCAAAUAAACGUUUCGAAUGCACUGAAAAAGCGUAGCAAACUUUUGAUUUACUAAAUCAAUUAAAUAUAUUAGCAAUGUGAAUUAAUAAAUACAAAUGCAAACAAAAAUCGAUAUAUAUUAUAUACAUAUAUGCAUAUAUUUUCAAAAUUUUAUAACGAACCAAAAACCAAUUAGCAAACAAAUUUAACAAAACGAACGGGAAACGAAUGAAGAAGUUUUUUAAAUUCAUACGCAAGCAGAACUAAGAGUCGGUAACGAUAACGAUAACGAUAACAAAUUCGCACAGCAAAACACUUCCAAAAAUGAAAGGUUAAAACUAAAUAUUAAACAAUUUUACUAGGCACAAGAGAACGAAAUUGGGCUAGAUGAACGAAAAAAAGAAAAACUCCAUUCAAAAUAAACCGAAUUUUUUAAGCAAAUACAAAAAAAAAGUUGUUGAAAUGGUCAGCAUGGAAAUUGAUUUUAGGACACAGUUUGUGGGCGAUAUUCAAUUCGAGGGAGGAUGGAAACAAAUUUUGAAUAAUGGAAAAUUUAAAGAACUACUAACGUAUGUAUCCAGAUAUGUACUGCAACCAAACACCAAAAUUCACACUGAAUAAGCAACGUUAUAUUUAUUAAUUGAACAAAAACUAAGAAACUAAAACUACAAAUCGAAUCAAAAUAACAGCAAAAAGAAACCAACUGCUGCUUUUCUACAUACGAAUAUAUAUAUAUAUAUAGACACAUAUAGGCAUAUGUGUAUGAACAUGGAAAAAGAUAUGCAAAAAUUGUUUCUCAUAUAUUUAUAUUAAUAUUUAAAAUAAAUAGUUCAAACAUAUUAGCAAACCAAAUAUGCGAAAUUAAAACAAUUUGAAGGGAAAUGCGUAAAAACAGAAACAGAAAACUGAAAACUGAAGCGUCAAGUUUAUAUGUAGAGAUAUGUAUGAAUGUAAAUUUAAAGUGAACAAAGAAAACCCAAACAAAAAGAAGUUAAAGCAAGACGCUUAGGUGAAAAUUUAAUUAGUGUGUACUUAAGACAAGAAACCAUUUAACAAUUGAACGAUUAAUUAUUAACUUAACUAGGCAUUGAAGCAGCACUCAACUAAAUAAAAACCGAAAUCGAAAACGAAAACGAUACCGAAACCGAAACGAAACCGAAACGAAGCCGAAACACACACAACUCGAAUUGAACUACUGUACUUAUACGUAUGCGCGUUGCUGUAAUAUAAACAAAAUUCUUAUGUUGAAUCGACGGCCGAUGGGGAGAACUUGGAUUAAUCGGUGACUAUAUCUACCACAGCAGAAAACUAUUUAUUUAAACCUAUAUCGAAUCGAGUCGAUUGGUGUGGAGCGGGGACCGAUUGUCAUUUGUCAUUUGUAAAUUCAUUUGCACUUUUCUUUCUACUAAUUACGUUUAAUUAAUUAAUUAAUCAUACGCCUAAGUUAACACUUCUACCAUUGUACAUUGUAAUAUGUUUUAUUCCUAAGCCAAGCAUUAAAUGUAAUUAUUUAUGUAUAAAAGCAAAAUGAUUCUUUCGUCUAUGUAAAACACCUCUCAUCCUCUCUCUCUCUCCCCUCAAAUCUGUCUCCCCUCCCCAAACUCUAUUAAUCUCUAUCUUAUAUAUACGAAUAUAUAAACGACUAUUUAAUUGCAUUUCUUUGUAUUAAAACGAGUAACAACACACUAGAAAUUGAAUAAAAAGCCUCAACAAAAUA